UGUAAGACGGAGCAAAGUUCAGAUCAAACUACUCUUGCUCUCUCUCUGCAGAUUACUGAGGGGACUGCUGUAGUGGAGGAGACACAGAUUAGUGAGAGGUUUGAGGACUCACACAUACACACACUGUACUGAAGGGCUAGAGUAGUCAUGUCCCUAAUGGUCAAAGCCUGCAUGCCCUGACAUGGGAACAGAGAGAGGGAGAGGGAAAGGGAAAGAGAGAACCCUUGUUUGGAUUUAACAACUCCGAUCCCCCUGGCUGUCAGUGGACUCAUAGAUGACUCUCACACAGGAGCAGAUGGCUGACGUGGAGAGGAUCAACAAGGAGACAGGGGAGCUGAGCGCUUCAGGGGAGCUAGCUGCCCCCAUGGAUCUGAAGGAGGGAGGAGGGGGGGGAAGAGGUGGAGGACCCCAGCCCCAUCCCCUACUGGUCCUCCGAGAGAUGCUCCAACAGAUGGAGACACACACAUACAAGGAUAGUGUGAACACCUCUGGCCAGAAACACACACACCUCUCCCCUGACCACACACAUACCCAAAAGGAAACCAUGGACCAGAGCGAGAUAGACACACCCCUCCCCCUCGACCAAAAAGAGGAACACUUGCGCCGAGUCCUGCCUCUCUACAUACAGGUAUGUGAAAGUGGUGGUGGGACAGAGGAGCUGGAUCUGAGGAGUCUAGCUGCUCUGACUGCAGACACUGUGGUCUCCAACAUCCAUGACAUACUGGCUGAAAAACCUGCAGAGGAGGCUCGCUACGAGGUGCAGCAGUUCUUCCAGAGAAGAGACGAGACGGACAACACAGAAGAAAUAGACAACAGUGAGAUAGACAGCAGGGAGACAGACAGGGCAGAGGAGACAGGCAGGGGAGAGUCACACAGCCAGACAACACAGACAGACAAUGCAGGAUGGCUUCUGUUGAAGACUCUGUCUUUCCUGACUGCUACAAACUCUACUGAAUUGAUGUCUGUAGUAAAGCCAGGUCUGCCGGCGGCCCUGGUGAAGUGUCUCUACCUGCUAGUGUGUCUACCUGCCCGGAAGGAGAGAGCAGCAGUAGAGACCUUUCAAGAACUGCUCGUACAGGUCCUGUUACAGCUGUGCAGUCACCCUUCCAGUGUGGAGGAGAUGGUGGAGACUGAGGAGUUGCAGUGUCUGAUCAUCUCGCUCACAUCACUACACGACCAGACUAGUGCCCCCUGGAGGCACCAGGCAUCACGUGUCCUCAGAGCUGUCUCGGCUGCUAAGACACCCAAUACCGUCCCCUUCCUACAGGCUAAGAACUGUGUGCGUAUCUGUAUUCAGAACCUGCAGCGUAUCAGUGAUCGUGCCCCAGCUCCAGUCCUAGCUGAGGUGGCUGUCACAGUGUUUAGCUUCAUCAGAGACUCCUACCAGCUCAACCCUGCUCUGUUCACCGAGCUUGAAAAUAACGAUGGAUACACUGUCUUACAGGCCAUCAUGACCCGCGUCAGUGAUGAGAGGGCGUGUCGCUGCGGGAGGAGUUGGAUCCACAGAGGACUGCUCUUUUCUGAGCUAGCGUCUUUGUGUCUCGUUUGGGGAGUCAGAGCUGAAGGUGGCUCUCUGUGUCCCAACCCUCAGCCACCUGGCUUCAAAGUUUGCCCCUCACUCACCACAGGUCCUGCAGUAAGGAACCUAUCAGCAUUCCGUUUGCUACAGGGUUCCUUCCAGCGGUCAGAGGACUGUGUAUUCUGCAGCCAGAUCCUAAGCACCAUCAGGACUGUGUGGUCAUGGAACAGGGCCAACUUCUUCCUGUUAGAGUGGACUGUUCAAUCACUGGCUCAGCUAGCUCAGUGUGUGUCGAAGAAACCGCCUCCUGUACACAGACUGUUCUUCUCUAUGUUAGAGAUGGUGGCAUUCCAUCUUAACUACAUCCCCCACGAGGCUGUGCGUGCGGUGCAGGCAGUGCUGAAGCAGGGCUGGGCAGGGGCCGUGGCCGGAGGUGCAGAGUUUGGAGUGGCUGCCCUCGGCUGCUUCCACAGGUUGACAGUGCGUAGUGGUCUGCUAGCGGAGGUUCUCAGUGAUGGAGGUCUGUUGGAACUUCUGCUUGCAGAACUACGCAGGAGGGCCAAGAUACUCAGGAAGGCUAGAGGAGCAGGUCCCCACGAUCAGUCAGCUGUAGAGGACAAUGAGAGAGCUCUCACCACCAGCAUGCUCACAGUAGUGGCUGCCCUCACCCUACGCUCCAUCAGAAACACAGUGUCAGUCCGUGACCUUGGGAUGGUUCCCUACAUAAAGAUCUUUCUAGAUGAGGAGCAGUACAGAGGACCAACCCUCAGCAUCCUGGAGCAGCUGUCAGAGAUAAACCCUGACGAGUUUAUGUCUACGGCUAUAGGAGCUCUCUGUUCCUCUACACAACAGGAGCUGGGGCUCAAACAAGACCUGCUGCAGUCAGUUUUGAAGGUUCUGGAGAGACCUAACAGUUGGGGGGCGUUUCGACGUGCGCGGGGCUUCACCGGCCUGCUGUCCCUGGUGGUGGACAUGGAGGGGGCUCUGAGUGACCCCACUCAGGGUGGGGUGUUGGGUGCUAUGGGGCAGCAGGGGAUACUAGACCUCCUCUUCCUCACCCUACACACCCUCGCCCUAGCUGUCCACGUACACCCUGUCAACUCACACCAGUUCCAGGCUGAAGGGUUCUACGAGAGGCUGGCUGAAGCCUUACUACGGCUGGGUUGUUUCCAGACUGAGGGCCGGGAGGCGACAGAGAGGAUGGAGGGCCACGCCGGGGGUAUGAUGAGUAGGGGCCUGGGCCAGAGAUGGGGUCAGAAAGGAACAGAGGACAAUCAUUGUCUUGGGAGGAGCUUCCACCAGUUUCUGGAGCUGUCUGAGACCCCAGUGCUCACCCCCCUCUCUUCCACCUCCAAGCCACCCCUGCCUCCCCCUUUACAGACCUGUAUCAGGCUCCUCUCCUACCUGGACCAAUUAGCUACAGGGACCUACGCUGCCCUUGAGAUGACAGCAGGACAUGUGGGAGAGAAGAGAGAGGAGGGGGGAGAUGGGGAGACCCAGGGGGGUGGUGGUGGAGGAGAGAGGCUGCAGAGUGUGCCACCAACCCGACAGACUUCACAGACACCAGAGGAUGAACUACAGGGGGGAUCCAGACCUGCAGCCCACAGCGUCGCUGUUGUCUGCUCUGAGACUAACUACAGGUUUACCUGUGACCAGACCAUACUGCAUCCUGGAGCCCUCAGGGUCAUCAUGACUCUCCUGCCUCAUGUCUUUACUGCAGAGGAUCCACAGCUGUCAGUGGAGGUCCAGUACUCAGUAGCCCACCACCUCCAGGUGAUGGUAACAUCAGAGAAGAACCGGCAGAUCGUCUGCAAGGGGGGUUUGGUGUCCACUCUACUAACCCACUGUCGAAGCAUCCUGCUCAGGCCGGACCACCCACUACACCUGCCUGACACACGCAUCCUGGAGAAAAUCUCCUCACACUCCAUCUCCCACAUAGACCUCAGGCGUUUCCUGUGUCUUUGUGAACCUCUGAUGUGCCAAGCUAACAAAAUUGCUGCCACCUCUGCUCCAGAAUCCAACACACAGUGCCCCUUUUCUCCCUCCAAUGGCCACAGCCCAGAGAAGGCAGACAGCUUAACAGACAGUGAGACCACCACUUGCUCCAUCAUGAAGACAUUGAAACGCUCUUUUAGCCUGCUGAGCUCCUCUCCUCCUAUUGGCUCUCCUGUCGGCCAGCCCCUCCCCCUGCACCAAAUCAUUAGCCUAGUCUCCAUGACGUCACCAAGGAGCUUCCGACCACACCGAGUCUCCACCUCUCCGGCCUUUGUGGAGUUUGAUAUGACUGAGAGUGGCUAUGGCUGUCUGUUUCUACCAUCCCUGGCUACAGUGAAAGGUGUCAAUGCUGACUCCAUCCCAACAGGGGGAAUAGGAGGAGACUGUCGUGGUUUCCCCCCGGCAGCAGGCCUGUCAUAUUCCUGCUGGUUCCUGAUCAGCAGGUUCAGUUCAGCCUGUGAUUCCCACCCGAUCUGGCUGCUGUCUGUGGUGCGCCAUAUGUCCCGUGCCGAACAACAGUACGUCUGUCUGUCUGUCUCCAUCUCAGCCAGCGACGGAUGUUUGGUCAUCUCCACUGAGGAGGAGCCCUUCACCUUCCUGGGUAAAGACAUGCUAAAGAGACAUUGGAAUGACCUAAACCUGUGCUGUAAUGUUGUCUUUGGCACAAUAUGCUAUUUACUCAAAAGUACACCAAUCUCAAACCAACCUCUAGACCAGGGGUGUCAAACUAAUUUUUGGAGGACCCAGACAACCAGGAAUGCCAGGCAGAAGAAAUGCAGUGCCGCACUGAAACGCAAGAGAUUGAACUUCACUGAGUUCGCCCCAUUAGUUUACACGAUGUACACUACCUAUAUGAUGGAGCCAGAGGUGCGGACCCCCAGCCCCCUGCCAGGUUUUCUGAGGUUCAAAUGCUCCAGUCAGCUGACCCCAGGUCAGUGGCACCAUCUGGCCAUUGUCAUGGCGAAAGACGUGAAGAAGAGCUGUAAGGUCACGGCCCACCUCAAUGGGAAACUGUUGGGAGCAGCAAAGAUGCUGUACAUCCAACCGUUCCCGGGUCAGUACGUUUCCAUGGAACCCACGGCGGUGAUUGACGUGUGUGCCUUCAUUGGAACGCCGUCUCUAUGGAAACAGCACGCUUCGUUGGUGUGGCGCGUUGGGCCCACCUACCUGUUUGAGGAAGUGCUGAGUCCAGGGGCUGUAGGAGUCAUCUACAACCAGGGAACAACCUACUUGGGAAACUACCUGGCUCUACGCAACACAGGCUCUGGCCCAGACCCCCUCCCUCUCAGGCUGGUCCCUGAGGAGAGGAUCUCAUUUGGCAUCAACCCGGCUGUAGCAACUUUAACAACGGUAGCAGAGAUACGAGAAAGCUACAACGAGGUGGACUGCCGUCUCAUCGCCAAAGAGAUGGGAAUCACGUCCAGGGAUAACUCCACCCCUGUGUUCCUGUCUCAAAACAUCAGCCACCACCUGACUGGCACUGCACGCACCAUAGGAGCUGCACUGGUUGGACACUUUGGAGUGCGGACGUUCGCUCCCAGCAGCGCAGGGGAUAGCUUUCUGUACCUUGGUGGGCCGACGGUGAUCCUAAGCAUGGUUGCUAUGGCGGCAGACGACGGAGCGCUGUACGCAGCAGUGAAAGUUCUGCUGUCUGUGUUGGAGACAAGCCCUGCCAUGGAGCGGGAGAUGACACGCGUCAACGGCUACAAGCUCUUAGCAUUCCUGCUGAAGAUUAAGAGCGGUGUGUUGAGUAGUAGAACCUUUCAGCUGGUGCUGUCUCUGUCUGGUUCAGUGGACCACCUGGGAUCUGGAGCCUCUUGUCUACACAACAGACCCGCCUUCAAUGCCCUGCUCUGUGACCUGGAGGUGUGGAAGAACACUGCGGAAAGUCGACUGUCAGUUCUCAAUCACUUUGCUGAAAUCCUGAAAUCGUCAAGAAACUGCUCUUUCCUAUUGGCUGACCCCAUGGUGACCCCCAGGAAAGUAAAGGUUGCCACCUGUAUCAUCACUCGCCUGCUUAGAGGACACUUCACCUCCACCGACAUACGCAGACUUGGCCUCUUCCUGGUGUACACCGUGCCUCCCCCAAGUGUGAGUGAAAGCUCUGGACUCUCUGACUCUCUUGAUGAGGAAACCAAAGCUCAUAGUUUCAGUCCAGCCAGACUAGUGUGGGUCCGUAAUCAACUGCUGUCUUCUCUCUGUGACCUCAUCAGCUCAGACAGUCUUCUCACUGCAGAUGAGCAGAAAGAGCUGAUCCAGACACUGGGCAGUGAUUGGUUCCUGCUGUUCCUGCAGCCCCGCCUCCACUCUUCCACCCUGUGCCUAGGGCUCCGCCUACUCACACUCCUCCUGGCCAAUCAGAGCGAGCGGAACAGCUUCAGAGAGGGCGUGUUCCCAGGCACCCUAGUAGAGAGCCUGGAUGAACCCUCUGUUGCCAUAGACAACCUGAGAGCUUAUGAGUGGUCCUAUAAGUGUCCGAGUGUCACCUGCGCAGGCUUCGACGUGCUGCAAAGGCUUCUGGUCUGCCAGGCUCACAUGCCUCAGGUGUACGGAGCGCUGGCCGCUCUACUGCUGGGGAAGAGAGGAGGAGAAACACCUGACGGACAGCUGGAUCUGGAUGAAGUUCUGCAGGCAGUGAUUGACAGCACAGAGUACACAAACUCUGCUCCCCUACAGCUGUGUUCCAAGUCUGCAGCCAUGCUACUGGAGCUGGUCAAGGCCAUCAUCACACAGCGGUCAUCUGCCGCUGAUGCAUCUUGGGAGUUGCAGUUUCCCGGCAGUGUAAUGCAGUUCCUCUGUCUGGUACACAAUCACCGCCCCCGAGACCCACUAUGGACGUCUCCAGAGUUUCUACACACACUCGCCAGCACUGUGUUUCCCCCUGAGAGUGAAGAGGAGGUGUGUCAGCCAACCAGGAAGCAGGUGUGUGACUUCAUCCGUAUCCUCUUAAUGGACAGCCUGCUCAACGUGCCUGCCAAAGAACACACACACCCCCUACUGCUGCUACUGGAGUAUUCCCCAGAAGGAGCAUCGUUGGAGCGGAGACAGGUCUUCCAGACUGAAUUGCUUGAGUUCUUCAUGGAAAUCAUCCACAUGACCAGCCAGGAGAAUGAACAUAACACACACCUCACCACCCAGGAGUCAAACUCCCAGAGACCUGAGGGGCAGAUGGCCACACUGAUGGAGAACAUGGUGCUUUUCAGUCAGAAGUUUCUGGAGAAACUCUACAGCGGCAUGUUUCUGGUUGAGCCAGAGAACCUGCUCACCUUCCUAGCUGACCAGAUAGUGGUGGUGCUGGAGAAGGGCCUAUCACAGAAAGAGAACACAGUUUCCUCCCUCUACACCAGCACCAACCGAGCCCUGCUCUACUUCCUGUCCCGCCCACAACACACACAGGCCGAACAGGAAGCUGUCAUCAGGACGCUGCGGGUGGUCAUGGCGCGCUGGGACGUAGUCCUGGCAACCUACAAUGCCAACGUGAACUUCAUUGCCUGCCUGCUGCACUGUCUACUGUUGAUACGAUCUGGCAGCUACCCAGAAGGCUUUGGGUUUGAAAGGCACAAGAAACACCAGCGGAGAAUCCUGUCUCAUCUGUUCCCUCUCAAGACCAGCCACACUACCACACUCAGCCAAGUACCUGAUUCUGACACAGAGCUGAUGUCCCUAGUAGAGUUUGUGUGGUCAAAGAUCCUGACUGAGAGACGCACCAUUCUAGAAGACACCUAUAAGAUUGAGCUCUCAGCUAAUCAGACACAGAGGAUGGGACCUGUCAGCAUGAGUGACAUCAGCCCGCUGUGGGAGGAGACAGCACUCAAGGUGUGGCAGUUAUACACAGGCAAUGUGAAGAGGAAGCUGACUAGCACCAUCCAGAGGAAAGAUGGUGUAAUCAGCUCUGCUAUUCGCUCUGUCCACAAACGACUGGGGAGAGAAACUGGCACUGUGGAGGAGUUCCUGUCUUGUAUGGAGGCCCAUUUGAAGAGAGGUCAGGAGAUGUUUGAGAAGCUGAUGAAGAACCACACACAGCUGUGUGUUUAUGAGUCGGAGCGGUUGGGGACUAUGUGGCUGUGUGUGGAGGAGGAGCUGCUAAGGGAGAGGGGUGUGUUCGGCCCGGGGCCGGGGGUGGUGCUGACACGAGGCUGGGUCCAGGAUGCAGCUGAAGGCCCCAACCGCACCAGGCCUCGCAUCCGCAGGAGAGCCCAGCGACGCUCCAAACGGUUGGCAGAUAUGUGUGUGAGAAAUGGUCUGCCAGAGGAGAGCAAAGGAAGGACAGAGACUGACUCAGAGUCAAGGAUCCUGUUUGAGCCAGGGACAGAGGAAGAGGAGGAUGUUGGAGAGGACUGUAACCGCCUAACCUUUUUCCCUGUCCUGACUGAGACUACUGCACCUCUCACUGAGCCCUUCGCACCAGCGUCCACCACCCCUGAGCCCUGCUCACAUACACACACCUGCAGCCACACACACAUCGUACUACAGGAGCUGGAGCCUGAGGAAGAGGUUAAAGCGAAGGUGUGUGUGGUGGUGGUCAGUGGGCUGUCUGUAACAGAGGGGAUUCUGUUGUUUGGGACAGACAGCCUGUACAUGUGUGAGGGCUUCACCCUAACCCCCGCAGGAGACGUCUGCUGCAGAAAACACCACCCCACUGGUGUGCGUGACGCGUUCGUUUCCAGUAUGUUGACUAAAGACAUAUCUUCAUCCAGCCCCAGCUGCAAACGAUGGCCCUACCAGGACAUAAGAGAUGUCCGCUUUAUGCGUUUCCUUCUAGAGGAAAAUGCGCUGGAGAUCUUUAUGCAGAACGGAUACUCUACUUUCCUGGUUUUCUUCAACAAAGACCAUGUGUUUGCUUUUAAAAGGCUGUGUUCAGUGGUGCCAGCAUUGAUAGGUAGAGGGGUUGCUGAGGUCAUAACUAAUGCCAGGAAGACUCCAGUGAUGGAGAAGACUACUCAGGUGAAAUGGCAGCGUGGGGACAUUAGUAAUUUUGAGUACCUGAUGCAUUUGAACACUCUGGCUGGUAGAACCUAUAGUGACCUCAUGCAGUACCCCGUCUUCCCCUGGGUCCUAGCUGACUACAAGUCGGAGACCCUGGAUCUGACCAAACCGGCGACAUUUCGUGACCUCUCGAAACCAAUGGGAGCCCAGACAGAGAAGAGGAGAGACAUGUUUAUUCAGAGAUUUAAUGAAGUGGAAAAUAGUGACGGUGACCUGGCAGUGAGGUGUCACUACUGUACCCACUAUUCUUCGGCCAUCAUCGUGUCGUCCUUCCUCGUUCGGAUGGAACCCUUCUCACACACCUUUCUGACCCUACAGGGAGGGUAUGACAUAGCAGAGAGGAUGUUCCAUAGCGUGAAGAAGGACUGGGACUCUGCCUCCAGAGACAACAUGAGUGAUGUCAGAGAGCUGAUCCCAGAGUUCUACUACCUACCUGACUUCCUGGUUAACACAAACCACUUCAAACUAGGCUGUAUGCAGGACGGUACCACUCUAGGGGACGUUGUCCUCCCUCCCUGGGCUAAGGGAGACCCCCGGGAGUUCAUCAGAGUUCACCGAGAGGCUCUGGAGAGUGAAUAUGUUAGCUCCCACCUCCACCUGUGGAUCGACCUGAUCUUUGGGCACUGCCAGCAGGGAGCAGCCGCUGUAGAGUCCCUCAACACAUUCCACCCCUACUUCUACGCACAGAGAGGGAAAAGGACAGGGGGGCAGGAUGCACUCAGAGACCCCCUUAUCAAGAGCACCAUCCAGGGAUACGUCAAUAACUUUGGACAGGUUCCCAAACAGCUGUUCAACAAGCCCCACCCUCCUCGUGCCGGCUCCAAAAAGGAGGGAUCAGCACCCGCCCAGCCAACCCCUUUUUUCUUCAGACUGGACAAGCUCAAACCCUCCAUUCAACCAUUCAAAGAGCUCCUUCGUGGUCCAGUAGGCCAGGUGGUUUGUGUGGACAAAGAGGUUUUGGUCGUAGAGAAGAACAGACUACUGAUCCCUCCUCUGUGGAAUGUCUACUUCUCCUGGGGCUUCCCUGAUAACUCCUGCUCCUUCGGACACUACACCACUGAGAAAACCUUUGCUGUAUGCGAGAGUGUGUGUGACUGGGGGGAGAUGCUGUGUGCAGCGUGUCCCAACCAAACUACCAUAGUCACUGCUGGGACCAGCUCAGUGGUGUGUGUUUGGGAUGUUUCCAUCAGCAAGGACAAACUCACUCACAUGAAACUCAGACAGGCGCUGUAUGGUCAUACCGAUGCAGUAACGUGUCUGGCGGUGUCUGAGGUUCAUGGAGUGAUAGUCAGCGGUUCUCGUGACCUCACCUGUAUACUGUGGGACCUUGAGGAACUCAACUACAUCACUCAGCUACCUGGACACAAGGCUAGCAUCACAGCACUUGCUAUCAAUGACCUCACGGGUGAGAUAGCAUCGUGUGCAGGGCCGGUCCUGUACCUGUGGAGUAUGAAGGGUCAGUUACUCACCUGGCUCGACACAUCCUGUGGCUCUGAUGUCACUUCCUGCAGCUCAGAUGGGGACAUCCUGUCUGUCUGCUUCACUCAGAGACACGAGUGGGAUCCACGAAACGUUAUAGUAACUGGCUGUGCUGACGGGAUAGUGAGGAUCUGGAGGACGGAGUACACUAGAACAUCACCUGAUCCUCCACAGCAGCCCACGUCCCCAGGACAGGAUCAGCCAGCAAUGACCAUAGACGGAAUGUCGGUUCCGAGUCAGAGCUGGGAGAGACACCUGGUGUUGUGUCGGCCGCUAAACAGGAGUGAAGCAGUGUCCAGACGGCGCUACAAAAACAACCCUGCAGUCACUGCUAUAGCCAUGUCCAGGACCCAUGCUACUCUGCUGGUUGGAGAUGGCUGGGGUAGAGUCUUCACCUGGACCUGUGAGUGAUGGGGAAGGAGCAGUUGAGUGUGUCUGUUUGUGUGUGCUUGCGUGUGGGUGUGGUGUGUGUGCAUGUGCGUGCAUGGGUGGGUGGGUGCGUGAGUUCCAUACAACCAACAAUACACCAAAACCCAGCCUGCACUUCAGGAACCUCUUAUUGCACUGCACAUGUGCACUCUUUCACCAGCCCCUGCCUCACCUCCAGACCGACCACCACACUCCAAUCGUAGAGAGAUGUUCUCUCUCUCAGUCUCCAGGCACAGGGGAAAAAUGGAGAGAGGGAGGAUCAGGAUUUUCUUUUUGAGUGUUUACAAACUAUUUACACUGGACCUUAUUACAAGAUUAACACAUGACAUGGAAGGAACAGAUCAAUGAAUCAUGUGGUUUCAACCUAUAUACAGAUCGUACAUUUCAAUGUACUUUAUAGUAUUAACAUUUAGGUAUUUUGUUGAUGAAGCCCGAUUAUUUAAUUGGGAAUGUAUCUGUUUACAAUGCAUUCGGAAAGUAUACCGACCCCUUCACUUAUUCUAAAAUGGAUUAAAUAACAAAAGUCUCAUGAAU